AUGUUCAAAAUUCAGAUACGUUCGCCAGGUAGCUUGGGAGCCAAGUCUGCUCCUACUUUCGAGGAUUCAUGGAAAAUCAUAGAAAAUGCUAUGGCGAUGAUACACGAAGGACGCGUAAGUGAACUGUCCUUUGAAGUCCUCUUCCAUGUGGUAUACUCCCUAACGUUGCGUAAGCUUGGCGGCGAGCUCUAUCAUAGGAUUGGCAAUGCGCUUGAGAAAAAGCUUCGGAACGUCAAGGCAUCGAGCCUAAAUGUGACUUCAACAGACCUGCUUUUGGAAAUACUACGAGCUUGGGAUAAUCAUUGCGAAUCGCUUCGAUUGAUCAGUGACGUAACCAUGUAUCUGGACAAGGUUUACUGCAAGGACAACCGAAAGCCAUUUGUAUAUGACAUGGGGCUCGGGCAUUUCCGCGAUAUAAUUUUGAAAGCUUCGAAAGAUCAAGUCCACAGCUUGAUGGUACGACAGAUCAAUGACGCACGGCGCGGCGCUGUGGGUACUGAUUUCGAAACCCUAAAAGCCCUGGUUGGAAUGAUGGAAACGCUCACGGACUCUAAUGACACAUACUAUAUCACUGAAUUCGAGCCCUUCCUGCUCGAGAAAACCAGGAAAUUCUAUAAAACAUUCAUCGAUAGCUACAGCGGUGAAAUCAUAUCAUAUCCAAGAGAGGUCCAAACGCUCAUAGAGAAGGAGCAGGAGGUAGACUCCAAAUUCUUAAAUCAGGACGUUUCGAUCAAAAUUGCCAAGGUCGUCGAAAGUAUACUGAUUUCGGAGAACAUGCAUUUCGUGGCAGAGAGAGUCACACCGCAGCUUUUGGAAAACAAUAAAUUUUCGGAUCUUAAGCUCCUGUUUGCAUUAUGUCAUGCUCCGACCGAUAACAAGAAGCUGUGGAAGCAGUGUUCUCAAUAUAUUUCUCAUGAGGGUAUAUCUAUCACCGAGGACUUCUCGCUUAAGAAAAGAGCUCAAGUAGCAGUCAAAUGGAUCACUGAAAUUUUGGAACUUAAGACCAAAUACGAGAACCUUUUCAAAAGCGUUGCAGAAGGUGAGUCGACCGACCUCAAAGCCGUGAAUGAGGCUUUCUCCAUAAUCUUGGCUCAAAACGGGAAAAGAAAUGCAGAAUAUUUGGCAGUUUACAUAGACUUCAUGCUGCGUUCUCCUUCUGUCGCGGAGGAUUCAAUGAGGGUGAAAUUGGAGGAGGCGAUUGCCAUCUUCAAAUUUUUGAGGGAAAAAGAUGUUUUCGAAAAGGUAUAUCAGCAGCAACUUUCCAAACGUCUGCUACAGCAACGGUCGUCUUUGAAGCUAGAAAAACAUCUCGUUAACCGUAUGAAGGAGGAAGUGGGUAGAUCUUUUGCCUUGAAGCCGGAGGGCAUGUUUAGAGACAUGUCGAUAUCGCAGACCAACAAUUCAAAAUUCCAGCAAUCUUAUCAAGUACCAUACGCAUUCGACAUUAGCGUACUCACAUCAGCCUGUUGGCCCUUUCAGCAAACAAGCAGCGAGAAGGAAGUUGUGUUACCUGCUUCUCUCGAGAGUUUAAAAUUGGACUACGAAAAUUACUAUAUGAAAUCGUACAACGGCCGGGUCCUAAGUUGGGCGUACCACCUUGGCUCUCUGGAUGUUGGAUUCCAAUUUAAGAAAAGCUACCAUGUCAUCACCAUGCCAGUGUACGCGGCUAUCAUAUUCAUGCUAUUCGAGGACCACGAGGAAUUCUCUAUGCAAGAGAUUAAAGAUCUCACAAACAUUCCAGAGCAUGAGUUGAUCAGAAACCUUUUGACCAUCGCAAUUGCCCCCAAAACUAGACUACUGAAAAAGCAGCCGAUGAACAAAAAGAUACUUCCUUCAGACAGAUUCCGCAUUAAUUAUUCAUUUUCAGCGCCCACUACAAAGGUGAAGGUUCUUGCAGUACUGACCAAACCGGAGUCUGAUACACAACCUUCUUCCCGUAGCAACGAUGUAGCACAGGACCUUACAAAUGAGCGUAAACGAUGUGUUGAAGCGGCCAUCGUCAGGACAUUAAAGAGCUCUCAAAGGAUGUAUUUCGACCCGCUUUUUGAACUCGUGCGAGAAGCCGUGGCAGUGCGCUUCCAGCUCGAUCCAGGCUUGUUUCACAAAAGCGUAGACAAGUUAGUGGAACGGGAGUACAUUCAACGGGAUCCAGACGAUGGUACUUUCUUACACUACCUUGCGUGA